GGCGUACUCUCAGUUCUCGACUGGUCGCGGCUCACUUCGGACACAACUCGGACAGCAAACCCGUCAACCGCGUCGGGGAGGGUUUCGCGCGCGCGUUCCGUCGGGUAUCGUCGUCUCGUUUACUCUCGUUGGGGCUGACAAUAGCCAGAGAGCAAGUGCACCGACAGCAAAAUUCCUCAGUGGUAGCAGAGGGAGCACGGGGCGCAGCAGGUCCUAGGCCAGCAACGAACGACCCCCGAAACGAAAAACCCCCCGUUGAAGAUCCAAAGAUGGCGCCCUAAGUACUAAGAGUGUGUGAGCGCGCAAUAGUGGUUUAAGAAAACGACGAUUAAGCUUAGUGUUUAGUGGAUUAGAAUGGGUAAUCAACCGACGAAGCAUUCCGGCAGCAGUGGCCGGCCGAAGAAGGCGGUCCACUGGAAGUCGGCAGAACCACCCUCGCCACCGGGAAAGCCGAUGUUGGUUCCGGGUACGCCAGACUCGUCCGCACCGGACAUUGUGACGCUCCGGUGGAAACGACCGACGAGUGAUGGCGGCUCGCCAAUUCUUGGUUACAUCGUUGAACAUCGACGCACGGGGUCACCGCACUGGGUUCGGGCCACGGUCGUGCUGAUUCAAGCUACGGAACUGUCGUUCAGCGGAUUGGAACCCGGCUGGCGGUAUCAGUUCCGCGUAACGGCCCAAAACAUCGUCGGCCAGUCGGAUUGUAGCGAAUUGUCCGAUGCAUUGACCGUGACGCUACAGCGGGCAGCGAUCGCUCCACCAAGGUUCAUCUAUGAACUCAACGACACAACUGCCAUCGAAAACGAAAAGAUUGAGUUCCGAGUGUCCGUCGCCGGAACGCCUGCUCCACAAAUCAGCUGGUUCAAGGAUGGCUUCGAGAUGUUCAGCAGCCGACGCACGAAAAUCCUUUCCGAGGGAGACUUUAGCGUCCUCAUAAUUCACCAAGCUGCCCUAACCGACGAAGGAGAGAUCAAGUGUACCGCUACGAACAGUGCCGGAUCGGCCGUAACUAUUUGUAAUCUGUCCAUUGACGCAUACCCCAAGAUUCGACUACCACGCCAGUACGAAGACGGACUGAUCAUCGAAGCGGAUGAAGUCAUCCGGUUGAAGGUCGGUCUCGCCGGUCAACCCACACCAAUUGUAGAGUGGAGCCACAACGGAGAAGUACUGACCAACGGUGGCCGCUACGAAAUCGAAACCUCCGACAAAAACUCUUCACUACGAAUCUCCAACGCCCAAAGAUCCGAUCGCGGCGAGUACAACCUGCGAGCGAUCAACAAACUUGGCGAAGACUACGCAUCGUUCCUCGUCACGGUCACCGCAAAACCGGAACCCCCGGGAAAGAUCACCGUCAGUAUGUCACUUGGCAAGUCCGUCACGCUCAGCUGGGCCGAACCGGAAGACGACGGAGGCUGCAAGAUCGGCAACUACAUCGUCGAAUACUACCGACUCGGGUGGGACGUCUGGCUCAAAGCCUCAACCUGUCGACAACUCACCACCACCCUCAGCGGUCUCAUCGAAGGCUCUCAGUACCGGUUCCGCGUGAAAGCCGAAAACCCCUACGGCCUCAGCGAACCCAGCGAUAUUUCCGACACCGUGUUCAUCCCGGACCCGAAACGUGGCAUCAACAGCGCCACCCAAAUCCCCGAAACCAAAGACAAAGAGGACAAAGAGUGCCAAACCCCGCUGGCCGUGCCCCGCAAGCGCCGCGAAGAAUCCCGCUCACCGGCUCGCGAAGCGGAACAGGUCAAGAAAGCCAAAGCGUUCACCCCGGAAACCUACAGCCGCGACGAAAUCGUCCGUGAAAUGUCCUACGGAGCCCGCGACGAGGACUUUUUCAAACCGAAGUUCCAAGAACCCCCCAAACAACCCGUCGUCCCGUCAGUCGUCGUCACCGAACCUGCCGCUCCGGAACCUACUCCAGCCCCACCAAGAUCACCACAACCGCAACGCCCUCAAUCAUUCGCAUCGCCGCUGAAGGCGAUGGAGAAGUUCUCCAAAGAACCCAGCCCGCUGGCGUUCCGCUCCUCGGACAACUCGCUAGCGCCGCGGGAAGCGACCACACCGACUUCACCGGACAAACCGGCCAUCCACAACAGCAGCGAGUUCAUGCUGGUGCUGUACAACGAGCGGGAAGCGAAGAACACUGCACCUGACAAAUCUCAAACCACCUCCACCAAGCAUUCCCUUCGUAUGUUGAGCUUGUACUCCCAUAUGCAACGGGAACGUUUCAUCACCCGUCGUCUGCUUCAGGUCAUUAGCAACCGCCCUGCCUCUAGCAUCCGAUCGCUCCGUUCUACCUCGAUCGGUUCCGGCAACUCAACCUUCGACUUCGACCUGGAGGACAUGGCGGCCCCGCCGCCCCCUCUGUCCCUGUCGGCACCGGAGCUGAACGUGGAACCACCGCCGGCGCCGGCCAUGCGUCCCGCCGUCAGUUCCACCGAGCUGCUGUACGAGCGUGCGAUGGCUCGGUUCUACCAGGCUGUCGCGAUGGAGGAGUCGGAAAAUCAACGCAAAGAAGCGGAACAGCGUCGUAGGAGCAGUUACGGAGGUGGUGGUGCGGAUCAACAGCAGCAGCAGAACGGAGGUCAGGAUGCCGUGACGCGGUUGGCCGAUCGUAGAAGCAGUUUGCGCCGUCGGCUGUCCGGCGACAAGGAAGCGAUCGUGAAGCAGUCCAGCUUUGAGAGCAGUGAUGGUAGACAACAUUCCAGCACGGUGGACAGCGUGAUACCGGAGGAGAAGGAGGAGCAGGGUGUGGAGCAGGGUGAGGUUAGGGUGGAGGAGGAGCACUCGGUCGUGGACGAAGUGUUGGAGGAGCUGGACGAGGAGGGUUCGAUGAGCGGAUCGAUGGAUUCGUUUAUGGAGGAGCUGAAGCGCAGGGAGUCGGCUCGAUCGAGCCGAUCGCGCGUGAUGAGCGAUGAGGAGGAAGAGAUGGAAACGUAUCACCCGAGGCAGCGGUUGGUGUCGCCGUACAGGAAUCCGGACCCGAGUCAGGCGAUCGAGGUGUUGACGAAACCGCUGCCGAUGCCGGAUCCAAACUUUGUACCGAAGCCGAUUUUGAAGCGACCGUCGACGGAGAUUUUGACGAGAGAUGAAAAAGACAAGAAGGAACUGGAGGUGAAAGAGGUUGAGGUUGCGGUUGAGAAGGUAGAAGUUCCAGUGGUUGUGCAGGAACCGAAAGAGGAGAAGAAGGCAGUUCCGCCCAGUAAGCCGGAGCGAAAGAGUUUGAUGAACUUCUUGGAGAGGAAAUCUCCGGCGAAGGAAGAGCCUCCGAAGCCGGUCGAGCGGGAGAAGACACCGGAGAUCAAGCAGCAGGAUGAGAUACAGGCUCCGUUGAGUGAAAAACAAGGGCCUUCCGAAGAGGAGAUCAAACAGGCGAUCGUGCAGGAAGCUGCUCGGCAGAAACGUCGCGUUUCCCGACAGAAUUCGGAAGAGGAAGCCAAGGCGAUCGCAAACUUUUACGGAGAGAUUCUUGAGAGAGUGGAGAGUUCCAAGAAACCGCGCAAGCUUCCGCUAUACAACAAUCCGGACGAGUUACGCAAGCUCAACUCGCGGGAAACUUCGUACGAUCGCUUUGCGAGAUCACGAUCUGGUUCGGCGUCUCCGAUGCCCCCGGAGGACAUCUACCUCGCCCAAAAGUCCCGUUCGCCUUCGUUGACUUCCGAGCAGAUCGUGCUUAAAGGAAAACCUGCUCGGGAAAGCAAGAUCCUUCGACAGCGAUCGGCCUCGAUCGAAACCGAACCCGCGAGACCUCCGUCGGUAGCCAAGGAAGUCCCGGUGGUUCCACCAACUCCACCCAAGCCAGAACAACCGCCCAAACUGGAAACUGCAUUUAUCCCUAGCGCGUACGACGAACCCAUUCGCAAGAGUCGUCCCCUACGAGAAUCGACGGCAAUCGCCAAGAAGCGGAACGUCUCCAGCACACGAUCAUCUCGCAACAGUUCAGCCACUCGCGAUGCCGAAUCAAUACCCGAUACCCUAGAAGCAGCCCGCCGUGCUCGACUUCGCAGCGCUUCCAAGAGUCCAUCCGUUCUACAGCGUACCGCGGUAACUCUAACGCCACCUCCACCACCCACCGCGGUGGAACCUCCCAAGCCACCAACUCCGACACCAAUCCCAACUCCAGCCAAAGAAGCACCAAAAACGCCCCCGGAACCGCGAUCCCGCUCGCAGUCCCAAACCCGGGAACCACCCACCGACCCGCAGGACGACUCGCUCAAGUACACGCUGUCCUACCUGACGGACGUGGCCCUGUUCGUGUUCGCCUGCUGGCUGUAUCUCUUCAAGAACCCCAAGUGGGCCAUCCCGGUGAUCGCGCUCAUCGUGUACCGCCAGAUUAAGGACGCCAUGCGGGACCGGAUGCCGCCGUGGGUGCGCCGAUCGCUCGGAACGGACAGCUAACUUCCCCCCACCCCCAAACCGUUGAUAAAGACAUAAUCUCAAUCAAGAACGCAACAACGCAAGAAGGAUAUUUUAUAGCAGGUCUGAAUAAUCUUAUUCUUAAUUGUAAUUUUAUCUAUUUGUCCAUUUUCACGCUGCGACGACGGAACGACCGGAAGUGUGACAGCACGAACUUUUUGCUGUGGUAUUUUGCAUUGCACCUGGGACUGCAGCGUGACGGAGAAUGACCAACAGCUUUCGAGAAAAAACAGGGUUUUGGUACGAGAAUCGAACUCGUACCGCAUCGAAUUUGCAAACGGUUAACAGCUUGGACUGUCCAACCAAAAGGGGUUAAUCGAAAGUUAAAUUUAGCUUGUAGAAACAAUCAUUGGAACGAAAGAAAAUUAUUCACACAUUUUCAUCACUUAAAAUAAAACUAAUCAACGUCAUUUUUCGUAAUUACCGUGCAUAGUUAGGAGAAAAAUUGUUAUAAUUAUUACUGUUUACACAAUUUCAAGUACUCGUUUCUUACAAAUAGUCACACCCAAACACUACUGCGCACAAAGACUACAGAGCAACAAUAUCGAAUAGUUACACAUUUUCUUGAAUGAAUCCGCACCGCGCACCAUUUUUCACCCAUUCACACAGCAAACAAAACAAAAAAAGAUUCGUUUGUGUUAUUGCCAAUUUUAUUAUCCUAUACUUUCUGUUGUAUAUUUUCGCGAUUGAAAGCAAAAGUGUUGCAAAGAAGCGAUAACAACCACAGCGAGACAAUAAAUUUUUGUUCUUUAAAUAAACAGAA